AUGCCCACUUCGUUUUCUCUUUUUUUUCUCGUAAUUGCUAUAAUUGAAUCCGUGGCAGGACUUCUAGGAAAUGGAACUAUCUUGGCUGUCAGUUCAACUAGCUGGGUGAGGAGCAAAAUAUUGUCCUCCUAUGACAUGAUUAUGAUCUUUCUGAGUUUAUCCAGGUUCUGUUUGCAGUCCUGGAUGAUGCUGGAUUUGUUCCUAAGUUUGGUCUACCCAGCUUCCUAUUAUGUGGAAAAAUUGUUUGUAACUUUCAAGACAGUUUUUAUGUUCCUGAACUACUCCAGCCUCUGGUUUGCUGCCUGGCUUAGCGUCUUCUAUUGUACCAAGAUUGCCACUUUUACUCAGUCUUUCUUCAUCCGUCUGAAGCAAAGAAUUUCCAGUCUUGUGCCCUGGAUGCUGAUAACAUCAUCUCUUUUUUCCUUUGCAACAUGUCUUCCUUUCUCCUGGGAUAUCUACAAUGUGCACAACAACUUCACUACUCCUUUAACUGUGACAAACUCCUCAGAAAGGAGAGCCAGAAUGAAAAUCAGUUUCUUUUCAUUGAUUCUUCUCUGUAAUGCCGGUAUAGCCUUGCCUUUGAUAGUGUUUGUUGUUUCAAGUAUCCUGCUGAUUCGGUCUCUGUGGAGACACAUGAGACAGAUGCAAAAUAAUGCAACUGGCUUCAGGGAUCCCUGCUUAGAGGCCCACAUGGGUGCCAUAAAGUCAGUCUUCUCCUUCCUCAUCCUGUAUGUUACGUAUUUUAUUGCUUUGGUUCUCAUUUUAUCCAAUAUGUUCUUACCUUUCAGCAUCUGGGAAGCCAUAUGUGUGGCUGUAAUGGCUGCCUGUCCUGCAGGACACUCUAUGAUCUUAAUCUGGAGCAAUCCCAAAUUUCGAGAGCUGCCCGCUAGGAUUUUGCACCACACAAACUGUCAAAUGAGACCUAGAUCCAUGUAA